AUGAAGCCGCGCGGCGCCGCCCUCCGCGCCCUCCUCCUGGCCGCCCUGCUCGACCGCGGCGCUGCUGGCGAGCUGGGCUGCGGGCCCGACGAGGUGUGCGCGCAGGAGGACGUCGAGGCGGUCGAGGAGGCCUCCGUGGACGCCCUGGCGGUGGAGCUGCUCCAGGGGGGGCGCCGGCUCCUGUCGCCCCGCAGCCCGGCUGCUCAGGCCGACAACCCGCGCCCGGGGUACGGCCAGUGGGGGCCUUACAUGCACGACUGGAAGGCCCCGUUCCCCGCGGACAACAUCUGCGUAAGGUGCGUGGGAGGCUUCGCGAUGAAGUUCAACCUCUGGAACACGGCGACGAAUCGUGUCUCGCAGUGGAGCCCAACGAUGAGCGCGCAGAGAACCGAGUGCCUGAACGUCACCGAAGCGUUCCUGGAGGCAACCGAGAACAAUCCAAUAUCGCCGAGGAUUUACAUCAAAGGUGCCUUCGACAGCCUGAUGGAGGUCGCCAUUCAGACCGUCCUCUACGUGCCAGGAGUGAGUGUCACAGCCGAUUACACCUGCUACGGCUCAACCACGUCAUUCUACUGCAACCUCGCAGAUCCCUGA